GAUGUUUGUUGUGGUAAAUGGUGUUAAACUUUUAAACUGGAUGUAGAAAUUACACGAAUUAGAUAGGCUAUAUUUAUUUGUUAAUUAAAGACUCUUUUAGUUUUUAUUAAUCCAAAAUCAUGGCACUGACUCAAGAUAUGGAUAUGGCGAUAUUAGCUAGAUCAUUAAAAUUGUUGCAUUCACCAGAAGAAGAUUCUGCUGAGCAAUUGAGAAUAAUUUUAGAAGAUACCAUUAAAUGUAAAUAUGGAAACAGAAAACCGAUUAAUUUAUCAGUUCUAGGUCUUAAUAAAAAGACUGUUACUGUAGAUGAGGUUAGAGGAAAGAGAAUCAAGUUAGAAGAAGGCUCUGGUGUUUCCCCUAUAUACAGAGAAGAUUUGGAAGAGUCUCAGACUUCGGGCUCUGAUAGUGAUGACGGAGUUGCUCUCGAAAUCCUUGAUGAUGAUCUUUCUUGUGUUGUUUGUCACGAGAUGGCCGUGGGUGCCAACAACAACCUGGUGGAAUGUGUUGAGUGCCAUUCUCUCUACCACCAGGAGUGCCACAAACCUGCCAUCACUCAAGAUGUCAACGAUCCUAGGUUUGUUUGGUAUUGCGCAACCUGCACCAAGACUAUGAACAAAGUGGCUAGCAGUUCAAAAGGAUCACCCAGCAGUGUUAGUCAGUCUGGAAAACCACCAAAAGCGAGCAGCAAAAGUUCUUCUUCUUCCUCCUCUUCUAGUAAAUCUUUUAAAGCAUUCGCUAGUUCCAGCUCUGGAAAGUCUUCUUCUGGUUCCUACUCAAGCAAAAGUGGAAGUAGCAGUAGCCAUCAAAGCAGCAGCAAAUCCAGUACUAAGGUCACAAUUCCUGUACCUAAGAUUAAUACUAUCACAGCAGACAAACGGCUUCAGAUAAUGAAGAAAAACGCAGCAAAAAAACAAGAAAAGAGAAAACUACCCAAAUAGGUCGUACAAAUUAUGGGCUAGCCAUAUUUUAUGAAACUAUAACCAUAAACAAGCAAUCUACAACAGUUCACUUAUUCUCCAUGAGAAUAACGUAGGAAUUUUUAAGUUACAGUUUUGAACUUUCUCUGUGAGUAUUUAGUGUACUACAAGGCUUCAAUAUAAUAAUAUUGAAAAGAUUGAUUGCAAAGAUUAUGUUUUAAAGGUAAAAAAUGGGAAAACCCAUUUGACCCCGUUCUCAUAGUCCGAUUAUGCUGGUUGCUUGAAUUUGUUUGAAUGUAGGUUUCCACUUUUGUACCAAAUUUAAUCUAAAUCGGGUGAUUUUUACUAGAGUUUGGUAACAAUCACAUAUUUAUGUAUAUGUGUGUGUGUAUGAAUUUGAGCGGAUUGUGUUUUUGGCCUUAAUGGGGACCUCAAAACAAAAGUUUAUAUACCGUACAAAAAACUUUUUUCCUACCACUCCAUGGAAAUGAUCACAUUACCAUACCUGUAAAUAGUACGCAAAAUUGCUCAUUGACAUUGCCUCUUGCUAAUCAGCUGGUUUCACAGUUGUCGUUUCUACACCAACCACAGACGCAAAUCUGGUAGGUUAGUUAACAACCGGUAAGCAAAUAACUUUCUGUGUUAUUAUAUUGUAUAAUAAUAUAAUAAAAAAAUAACCUAAAUGACAUUUUAUAUACAUCUAAAAAGUUAAUCUGUGUUAUUAUAAGUUAAUUAUAGUGGUAGGAAAAAUCUUGUGUGUAUUAUGAGCACAAACAGUCAUUGCCGCUCUCGAAAUGUGUGUCCGGAGUUGAGGCCAUCUACAGUUCUCGACCGGUAAUGAUGUACUUUGCGCUCUUUUCACACAAAUAUUUAUUACCACACAAUAAUCAAUGACAAAUCUAUAUUUGUGUAUGUGUUUGUUAAGUUAUUUAAAAUUUGUUAAGUGUCCGUUUUUAAUACAUGUUUAUAUGUUACUGGGGUGUAUUUAAUGCCCUGAGUAUGUUUGGUCCAGUAUGUAAGUCCGAGUUUAGUAAUUUAUUAAUGUUACAUAUUUUAAAUCUUAAAUUAAUGUUUGCCAAAUUUUAAAAAUACUAUUGUUUGAUUGUCACUUUUGUCAUUCCGUUUGGAACUUAUUUGAAGUUUAGUUUAUACUGCAUAUAAUUCAAAUAACGUUUGAAGGUUAUAAUAAUGAUGCUGUAAAUAUUUAUCAUAUAUCUUUUAAUGUUAUAUUUUAGUAUUUUACCUAUAUUAAACUAUUGUUUGUUGUUACUUUAUGUAUUUCAAA